CACCAUGAUAAGAGAAAAAUAUCAACUGCCGCCCCUUUGUCUUCAGCAGUGAGAGACCUACAUCUUCCUCAGAAGUACCAACUAAGAUGGCGGCCGCUGUGGACCUGGGGCUUCCUCCUCGUGGUUUGGAGCGUGAGCAUCGCACCCUCUUCACCCGAGAGGCCGUUCACUUCUUGGCGGACCUCACCUCUGCUUUUGACCUGGAGGUGGAUAAGAUUCUGCAGCGACGAAUUGCCCGGAAGGUCGAGUUGGACCUAAGCAACGGACUUCCCGGUUUCUCCCCUCAAACGUCCCACAUUCGGAAUGACAGAGCCUGGAGAGUGUCGCCGGCGCCCAGGCGACUGCAGAACCGGCACGUGGACAUCGGCGAUACGGCUCCCUGCCAAACCGAGCGUUUCCUCUGCGCGCUAGGCUCCACCGCGCAGGGCAUCCAGGUUGAUUUUGAUGAUGGAAACUGUCCCACAUUUUCUAAUCAAAUCAAGGGCAUCUAUAAUGUCUUCCAAGCUGUCCAUCAUCAGUUUCCGGGUAUCCCUCCCAUAUCAAAGGCUCCCGUCCUUAUGCUGCGACCAAGAGCGUGGAACAUGGUGGAGCACAAUUUGAUGGUAUUCCUGUUACUUCUUUCACUGUGGACCGGUCGUGGGAGCUUUAUGGUGAAUGGAAAAGAGAUUCCUGGACCGCUCUUUGACUUUGGCUUGCUCAUGUUCCACGUGGGGAAAGCACUGUAUGACAGUGAAAGUGGCCCUUUCUUUUAUCUCUCAAAGGUAGAAAGUUACCUGGAGGCCAGGCUUUGGAAUGAUAUUUUUGUCUGGACUGAGAGGAAACUCCACCUGCCCGUCGGCACCAUCAAAGCCACCGUCUUGAUAGAAAGCAUCCUGGCCUCAUUCGAAAUGGAGGAGAUCCUGUAUGAGCUGAGAGAGCAUUCCGCCGGAUUGAACUGCGGCAUCUGGGAUUAUUCCGCCUCUUUCGUCAGUAAAUUCGGCCACCGAGCUCAAUUCCUGCUCCCAGAUCGGAGCAAGUACGUGAACAUGGAGAAAGUCUUCCUGAAGAGCUACAUGGACUUGCUGGUGCAGACCUGUCAUCGCCGAGGGGCCCUGGCAACCGGGGGAAUGGCCGCCUCGCUUCUCCCUAAGGACCGGAGGAGCGACGCUUAUCAGUCAGCGCUGGCAACGGUCACGCGGCUCAAAUUGUUUGAAAUCAAAGCCGGAGUGGACGGAUUCAUGGUGUAUGACAUUGGCUUGGUGGGCCCGAUGCAGAAGUUGUUCGAGGAGCACUCAGAAGGCCCCAACCAGUUGCACGUCAUUCCAGAAGGUGUGAAGAUAACGGCAGCGGAGCUCCUCACCAUGCCGCCGGGAGGGGUCACUCUUUACGGCCUGAAGCACAACACGGCCGUUGGGAUCCUCUUCAUCUACUCCUGGCUAAAAGGAGAAGGCCAUUUCUACUACCGAGGCCAAGUUGAGGAUUCGGCAACAGCUGAGAUCUCCAGAUCACAGGUUUGGCAGUGGAUUCGUCAUGGAGCCCAGCUGGAAGAUGACAACAGGAUAGUGUCACGAAGUCUAGUUCAGAGCUUGGUCAGGGAAGUGGAGCGCGAACUACAAGGCCCUCACUGUCCUUCUGAAAGGGCCAGGCAAAUGUUCCACACGGCUACCGAAAUGUUCCUAGAAAUCGUCCAGAAGAGAGACUUCCCCGAAUUCAUCACCACCUACCUGAAUCUCGACCACACCUUCCUGGUGUCUACCGACAAUUCCUGCUGAGAGACUAAGCACAGUUCACACACAUACCCUCGGAUAUGGCCGGUGCCGCCUCUCUUCUCUUGAGCACCUUAAUCGUGGCGGAGCUGGGACGGUCGUUCUCUCCCCGAACACGGAACAUCUCGCCCGCUCAACUCACACGGGUUCUCAGCAAGGCUAGGUCGGCUUCCUUCAAGACGUUCCUGAGACUGAACCAGGUUAAUAAAACUUUUAAAAGUGUCAGUUGGUACUUUUUACACAUCUAUCCAGGAUGGGUAAGGAAGACGGGCUUGUAGGCAGAGCUCAAUGCACUAGGAAACCGCUUGGUUUAGGAACAACUGUCCGUUCAGGAUGCCAAAUCUUCCCGACGUUUCUUCCCGGUGAGUACAGUCUCUAAAAGGACAACAAAACUGGAGGUAUGUACAAUUUUACUCACUUCUUCCUCCACCUUAUCUGCUCGGGUACGGCAAAGGCAACGCUGAGGCUGGUUUGCACCGUUUGCUUUUUUUUUGGUAACGUCAGAGCGUGAAGGUUCAUUUUGCUCAAUCAGUUCCAUUUCCACGGCAGAUUUUCAUUUUCUUUGCACACGGGCAAUUACCGACCGCACCAAGCAGCACUGUACAUUGCAUCCGGGAUUUUCCCCUGACACCGGCAUUACUCGGAGGCGAUGAAAAAUCAUUUGCACCAGCUGUAACGCCUCAAAGGUAUCUCGCACACACCCCCAGCGCAUCACGAUACCUCGGCCUUGCGCCUCUUGUCUCCACGGGCUAAGUUUCCCAGGAGCCUGGCACGGGUUGGUUGAAGCAUUCACAAGACUGUUUUUCAAAACGUUUUAUUGCAUCGUAUUUGGUACCUUAUGUUUGACAACAAAAAAGGAAAUUACAGCUGUAUCUGCGGGAAUAAGAAGCUGGUUUGUUAUUUGGAAAGAAAGAAAAAAAAAAAAAACACAACUUGGGCCCUUUAAAAGUUACAAAGUCUGGGCUUGCCUGAAACAACUGAGCAAGAAAUAUAUUCCUAGAAAUGUAGGGCUUCAAGUAUUACAAACCUGUGACACUGUGGAAAAAUUCCAGAGGUAUCUAAACUGCAGCACUUUUUAUUUUAUUUUAUUUUUUUCUGCAUAACGUGAACAAGGCCUGCUGAGGUUUUUAAACGAUCAGUCUCUCGACCAGUCAGGAUUCUGCUCUAACUCCAAGCCACGGUCUGUUCUCUUUUUUCA